AUGCCCAUUCUGUACCACCUGACACUGAAAAAGCCCACAGCCGUUGUAACGGCUGUAGUUGGAAACUUCAGCAACUCUAAGAAGCAGGAAAUAGCGCUUGCACGGGGGCAUACCUUGGAGCUUCUGCAAGCAGAUGAUCAGGGGAAACUCAAUUGCGUAUACAGUACUGAAGUUUACGGAAUAAUACGCUGUAUUGCUCCCUUUAGACUAACAGGCGCUUCUCGGGAUUACUUGGUCGUGACCAGUGACUCGGGCAGAAUUGUCAUACUCGAAUUCAAUACUGCCAAAAACAACUUUGAUCGUGUCCAUUGCGAGACCUAUGGGAAAUCAGGCAAUAGAAGGAUCGUACCCGGACACUUUUUAGGCGUUGACCCUAAAGGUAGGGCUUUGAUGUUGGCAGCAUUAGAACGCCAAAAAUUUGUAUACAUUCUCAACCGAGAUAACAAAUCUAAUCUCACCAUAAGCAGUCCUUUGGAGGCACAUAAGAGCCAUUCAAUUUGCCACUAUCUCACUGGCAUUGACGUGGGCUUUGACAAUCCCAUCUUUGUCACCAUAGAACAGAAUUACGCCACAGUCAAUGGAGAUUUAUCCAGUUCAUCUGUGGGCGAUGAAUCAAAAAAAUAUUUGUCAUUUUGGGAAAUGGACUUGGGUCUAAACCAUGUAACCAAAAAGAUAUCCAUGCAAACUGAUGCAACAGCACAUAUGUUAGUCCCCAUUUGCGGAGGUACUGAUGGCCCGGGAGGGGUGCUUGUUUGUUGUGAAAAUUACCUAAUUUACACAAAACCAGAUCAUCCUGAAUUAUGUUGCGCUUAUCCCAGACGAUUAGAAUGCUCUCAGGAUACGGGGAUUUUGAUCAAUGCCUGGGUCGUGCACAAGAUGGUAGAUUUUUUCUUUAUCUUACUCCAAACAGAGUAUGGGGAUUUACUAAAGGUUGAAAUCGUAUCUAACGAUCAAACCGUUAAGGAGAUCGUCUGCAGGUACUUUGACACCGUGCCCAUAGCUAACUCAUUAUGCGUUUUGAAGACUGGAUAUUUAUUUGUGGGCUCCGAGUUUGGCAAUCACUGUUUCUACCAGUUCAUAUCACUGGGUAACGAUGAAACAACCGCAUGUACUUCACUGCAUCCAGAAGGGGGAAAUGCCAUAGUUGCAUUCAAUCCUAGAAGCCCUAAGAAUUUGUUAUUAGUUGAUGAGCUAACUUCUUUAAGCCCGGUGGUGGACAUGAAGAUAGCCGACGCAAGAGGAUUGGAUACAUCGGAAAUAUAUUUGGCUUGUGGAAGGGGUUCGAGAUCCACCUUUCAAAUUCUCAGACCCGGGAUAUCAGUCGAGGAACUGGCCAACAAUGAGCUUCCUGGGUAUCCAAGGUACGUAUUCUCUCUAAAGGAUAAAAAUGCGGACGAUUGCGUUGGGUACAUUAUCGUUGUAUUUGAGGGCAAUACACUGGUGUUAUCAGUAGGUGAUGCAGUGGAAGAAGUGUCAAACAGUUUUUUCAACACUGAAACAACGACUUUAUGCGCUAUGUUGAUGUACGACGAUUCUUUUAUCCAAAUCCACGAGGGGGGUAUUCGCCAUAUCAUCGAUAAUCAUGUUUCCGAGUGGAAGCCACCAACUAGUAAACGCAUAAAGUGCUGUUCCGCUAACACUCGCCAAAUUUUGAUUGCUUUGAGCGGUGGUGAAGUUAUUUAUUUUGAGAUCGAUGAAUCCCAUGCCCUUGUGGAGAUAUUUAAGCGAAAUUUUGGGGUGGAUAUUACUUGUAUGGCGAUACAGGCCGUCCCAACAGAUAGAGUUUACAGCUCAUUUGGCGCCAUUAGCGGGUUGGAUAAUGUGGUUAAACUGAUUUCGUUGGAGAAGGAAAAGGGUCUGAAACAACUAUCAACCCAAUUGCUCCCCAACAAUGCUACUGCAGAGUCGGUAUGCAUUGCACAAAUAGAUUCACUGGGCCACAUGCGCCGCAACAGUUCACUCUUCUUAGUUGUGGGUCUAAACACGGGUGUAAUGAUCCGCUCGAACAUCGACGCCAUAACAGGCGCACUGUCAGAUCAGCACUCAAGAUUUCUAGGGGCUAGGGCUGUCAGGUUCAGCCUCGUAAAGGUGGGUGACGGAAUGGGCUUUAUGGCUAUGUCAGAUAAGAGCUGGCUGUGUUAUGCGCACCAGGGUAAGCUAUUCACGUCCUACAUCAACUACGAUAUGGUGGAACACGUGGCUAGCUUUUGUUCUUCCCACUGUAGCGAUGGAUUUGUUGCAAUUUCCGGCAAUUCUCUGCGCAUUUAUCGCUGUUUAAACCUUGGACAAGAGUUUAGCCAAUCGGUCGCACCACUAACAUACACUCCUAGGAAAAUAUCAAUUCUGCCUAGCUUGUCCCCAAUCACAGAUAAUGGCACAGAAACUGGAGUAACCAAGAACAGGCACAUGCUUGCGAUAGUGGAGUGCGAUCACAACACUUACGAUGAAUUGACCAGGACAGAGAUCAAGAAGGGGCUAGAAAAUAUAAUGCCUGAAGGAGAACAAGCCGAGGACGUGGAAUUGGGGUUAUACAAGGCCGGAGAGGGCAAAUGGGGAUCUUGCGUGCGGAUUAUAGAUCCAACUACACUCAGCACCGCAGCAAAACUUCUAUUGGAUACAGACGAAGCUGCAAUAAGUUGCUGUGCCUGUGAUUUGGAGGGCUACAGGUGCUUGGCAGUCGGUACAGUAACAGGAUGGAAUCUAGCUAACUCUAAUUCUAAUAGCUGCCACAUUCGCAUGUAUGCAUACGGACCAAACUUUGAGAUAACAUUUUUGCACUCGACGAAGGUUACGGGCAUACCCCGCGCCCUGUUGGCCUAUGAGGGUAGGUUGUUGGCCGGAGUGGGCCCAGAUGUGAUUUUAUACGCUCUAGGCAAGAGGCAGCUUCUGAAAAAGGCCGAGUAUAGGGGAGGGGUAAUUGAUAUACAGGGCUAUGGAGUUGCCACGCCUAGAACUAUAGGAAACGGGGGGCUCUUCGGCGUGAUGUGGCUAGGAGCCUCAGGCAACCGGAUUUUCGUGGGUGACAUCAGAGAGAGUAUAACUGUCCUCAAGUUUGACGAACAGAUGGCUAAAUUAUCACUGAUUUGCGAUGAUAUAAGACCGAGGUGGAUUACUGGCGCCACAGUUCUUGACCAUCAUACGGUGGCGCUUGUAGAUAAAUUUGACACUUUUGCCGUGUGUAGGGUUCCUUCUGAAGCCUCUGCCUCAAACUUGAGCAGUGCCCUAAAUUCGGGGUCCUUAGAGGCUGUUAUGCCUACGAUUUUGGGCGUUGGGAACAAAUUCGAACAGGAGGCCCAGUUCCACCUGGGCGAUCUGUCCACAUGCAUUGACAAGGUUACUUUGUGCUCCGGUUGUACUGAGGCAGUAGUUUACGCCACUAUUUUGGGCAGUAUUGGUGCCUUGAUCCCCUUCAUCAGCAGCGACGAGCUGGAUACUUUGCAGCACUUGGAGUUGCUAAUGGCGAAUGAAAACCCACCAUUAUCAGGACGCGAGCACAGCAUUUAUCGUUCAUAUUACGGGCCUGUCCAGCACGUAAUUGAUGGCGAUCUUUGCGAGGAAUUUGAGAGUCUGGACAGCAUAACCCAGUCGCGCAUCGCCGCCAAGAUUGACAAGACAGUUACGGAGAUUAUUAAGAAGUUGCGCGAUAUCAGAAGUAGACUGAUUUGA